GUGGCCUUCUUGACCUCUGCGGAAACGCUGAGGCACCGUCAGCCUCGAGGCCGAUUGUGGAUCGCGCUCAUUUCCACUCGAGCUGCGGUCCCCAGGCUGUCCCGCUGGACCGGAAGCAAGCGAGACAUGCAGUAUUGCACGAAUACGACGAUUUGGAAGUGCGGGCUCCUGGCCAGCACUCACCCCUACGCACCACGGUACGUGAGGAAUGGAAGCUCAAAUGAAAGAAGUUCCUUUUACAGCAUCAGGCUAGGGUUAUCGAUGGCAGUUACCACGAGCUCCGUGGUACCCGGAAGAGGAUCUGCGGUCGUCCAAUGCGUUGGCCCUCCGGUUCAGGACGGCCUGUCGUCUGGGGGCGCUGUCCUACAGCCUUCCCUCCUCGUGGCUGUCGAGGCUGUGGAAUAGGUCUUCGGGCCGCUUGCCGGCCGCCAUUCGCCGUCAAGACGUGAGUUUAUAGUCCAAGUAUACGAGUAGACGUGCGCCUAUCCGAGGACCACAUCAUGUCCACUGCCGCCACCCCCUCUGCGGGUCCUACAAUGGAGGCGGAACACCUUCCAGCUAUCCAAGUCAUCGCUUCCGAAGAGCAUGCGUCAGUCUCAACCCUGGCCAUUCGUGCGACUGGCCUGGAAGAACGCCCGAACCCCUUCGACCUUCCCAUUACUAGGCAUCGUCCCCCAUCUCCAGCUCGCCGAGUAUCAUCAGUGUUCCUAGACGACACACCCGAGGCCGCAUGUCCAGGGGGUUCGGAGCGUCCAUCAUCAUCUGCUUCGCAUGCUUCGUCUAUCACGCUCUCCUGUGGCCAGGCGAUGGCGCAGCCCAGUACUCCAGGGCCGACAUAUAUCUCGGGCCCCUACACCGCCGAGCCCGGUGCCAUCACAGCCGACCUACUAGAGCUCGACCCAAAGGAGGUGGAGAAGAAAGUUUAUCUCGCCCCCGUCCCUGCAACAUUCUGCUCCAAUCUGAGAUAUCAGCGCCGCGAAAUGCUCGACUUGACGAAAUUGGAGGCGCCGAUUACCCAGAUUCCUGCGAAGAACGCCAUCCCUGCUAGGCCAGAGGUUCUGGGCAAAGGGUGGAGGCAAUAUGUCCACCCUGAAGGCAGUCGAUACUUCAGAUAUCAGAACUUCUAUACGAACACUUGGCUGUUCGACAAGACAAAUCUCGUACAGAUCGAGAAAGCAAUGGUCCUGAUCCAGGACGAGCUCAUGAGACAUCAUGAUGUCUCCAAAGACGACAUUGAGAUUGGCUUGGAGCUGUCCGUGGAUGAAGAUGGGGAUAUCCUCGGAUGCUACUACAUCGUUGAUACUAGGAAGGAGGAUACGUUUUGGCUCUCUCCAAUUGCUGCCAGCUUCCUAUCCGACACCGAUACGGUGAAGAUUCUUGGGAAGGAGCACCUGGGUUACGCGACCGCAGUAAGCUAUUGGACCCACGUGUAUAUGUUCCCUCACGACCGCGAACUCUCUGCUGAGACAGUGGAGGGCUUGAAGAGUGAUCUCAACUACUUCAUGUUCGACAAGCAGACCUCCAAGUCGUCUACUGCGCCGUACAACCUAGAGGAUGCACAUCGCCUUGUCCAGACCCUCAAGGAGAUCUCAAUAGAACCCAAUAGGGCAGCGCGACCCCAGUACGUCGUUAUCGUAGGUCGACUGUUGGCAAUCGUUUUUCAGGAACGGUUCAUCCGAUAUCAUGGCGAGCGAUACGCCCAACUCGACUCCGAUAGGAGCGUGUACCUGGAGACACAUCACGAUCGACACCUCUGGUUCAGGAUGUUCUCAUGGAUAUUCUUCUGGACGCCGCAAAUCUACUAUGAUCGGUUGAGCAUUACCUGGGUGGACUCAAAAGUCAAUUACGAUCAUUGGAAAACCUUCAUUGGAGAGCUCCAAAGCGACUGGGCAGCAUCUAUCACUCCGUCGACCGUGAUCCUCUCUGCGAAUGUGGGGUUCCUGGCUAUACAAAGCGUCGACAACAAUGGCCUCGUCGUCCCGAAUCGCAGCAUGGGUCAGAUCGUCAGUUAUAUUUCGACCAUGCUAACGAUCGGAAACAUUGUUGCCUGCACCAUCCUCGCCCGGCAGCAUCGGGAGACCAUGCACCGUUACGCCGAAGCUGCGGCUGCGUACCUCGACGCUCGUGCGGGCUCGAAGAAAGGCAUGGAAGUGCUCGCUAUCUUGUUCAGCAUCCCGACCGCGUUCUUCGCCUGGGGGGUGCUGACGUUCCUCGUCGCCAUCAUUUGGCUCUGCCUCUGGGGCACGAGCCUAGCUACCCGGGUCGCGGUCUGCGUGGUCAUUGGGGUCUGCACUCUCCUUAUCGCUUGGAUCGUCCACAACGGCGAAUGGCAGGCGCAGCAGGGCAUCUCGACGCUGUCGGCGAAGAUGAGGCGGAUGCACAAGCUGGUCAAGAAGGCGCCUGUGCGGAUGGCGACGAGCUUUCGCACCCUGUCUCAGCGGGCUAUGACGAUCCUUUCUGGGCCGCUUUCUCCUCGCAAGAAGUCACGGUGGUCGGGUCCUGACCCCGUCGAUACGCCGGGCGAUAUUGGUCUUCGCACGUUGUCUUACGGCUCUGACGACGCUGUUUAACAAGGUAUCAGUGAUAACGCAUGUGAUGCUGGCCAUCCGCCGUGUGUCUAUUGUCAUCUCUCUCGACCACCCCAUAAGAAUCUACGGUCGUGUGUCCUGUGCCGCCCUCAUGGAUCAUCCAAAC